AUGAUGGCAGCUUUUUCCAAACCGAUAGAAGCAAAUUGGCAUCCACCCAGCCUUCUUGUGUAUAACGCACUCCCGGGUCAUCAGGACUUUGACUCAACAAUAUCUGAUGUGAAGCCCACGGCUGAUGCUAGAACCGAUUUCUACGACCGCAGUCUGACGAGUCGCAGAUAUGCCCUUGUCGGGGUGGCAUGCACAAGUAUCUUCAGCUGCUUAUGCGUCAUUGCAGGGAUUGUCACUUUAGCCAGUCACGGAAUCAUGGGAGCAACCCCGCUCAACAUGGUCGGUGCUGACUCGAAGGUGUUUUUGACCCUGAUACUUGACUUAAUUGUCACAUUAUGUACCGAGUCCACAGGCUUCGUACAUGGCAUCUCAUUGCGCUCUGCGCUGGCCUCAGAGUCUCGGCUUCGUUUCAACACCAACCUGCGCCUUCUGACCGCAGCUCGUGGAUGGAAUAACCCUAAUGGCGCACUGCUUAACAGUAUCUCGGUUAUCCUCCUCAUUAUAUCCUACAGCUCGGCCUCAGUCGCCAUAUGUCUGGACAAUCAUGAUUGGUCAGAGACAUUCUCAAUAAAUCACGAGGGUAUUGCCAUCGCAGGAAUACCUCUCCUCAUUUUGGGCGUCGCACUCCUCCUCCAGGUGAUGAUCGCAUUGUCAGGGAUGCAGGCGGUCAAGAUCUUGACAUGGAGCUCCUCACCUUUCGACGUGACCGCCGCACUCGUUCACCAUACACAAUUGACCCCUGCUACUUUCCGGUGCAUGCGUCGUGUGUCUGACCUAGACACGUAUGGAGGACCGGCGAAGCCACCAGAAACACAGCCCUCUGCGUGGCAUGCUCACCCUAGCAUCCGGAAAGUUGUCAUUUUUCUUUGGGUUAUUGUUGCAGUAUGCGCUGGAUGGGCCGCACUCGUCAUGUAUAUCUGGGGCCGCUUGUUUACCAACGAAGAUUACAGCAAUCCUCUGACCCUACAAACGUGGUCGUUCUUCCAACGUUCUGAUGGCAAUUACCUUACAUAUGGUUUACCGAGUGGCGGUAUUGAGUGGUGGAUCCUGGUCUUUGUCAACAUGGCGGUUGUCCAGGGACCGUUGACGCUUGGGCUGCAUUGCUCGGAGCUCAUCGUGAAUGUCAUUCGAGACGAAAGACAGUGGAGAUGUGCUACCAGAAGACAAGGACUUAGAGUGGCGACGAACCCGCUGAAGCCCAUUUUCACUCAUCCGCUCUGUGUCAUACUUUUUAUCGCGAAGCCUUUCCUGCACUGGAUGUUUGGGAUUUCAUUCGACAUAUCCACAAUCGCCACUGACGACACCCUAUACGGUUUCAUGAUAUAUAUGUUCACUGCUCAGAACUUAUGCUUUGCCCUCUUUAUACUUGCCUUUUUUUUCACUUUCGUCGCACUGCGCCGACCGUGUGGUCCCCAGCCGGCUGCAUAUGGCCACCUGCAGACGCUCGCCAACCUCGUGGAUGAGUGGUCGCCUGUGAUGUGGUGGGGACACAAGGAGGAUGGAAUUCCGUACUGUCAUGCUGGGACAAGCGAUCACCCGCUGCCGGAUGUGAAGAUGGACUGCGUUUAUGCUGGUUCUGUUGCUGGGUCUCUGGUACCCCUGUCGUGA